CGCGCACGCGCAUUUAGCAUAAUCUGACAGGAAUCACGCGUCACACACGCCAUUUUUUUAAGUUGGUGUUUGGCCUGCUUCUGGUGCUUUUUUCCAGCAUCAUGGUUUCCCCAGAUUCGUCGAAGAAGAAGGUAGCAAAUCUCCGUGUGCAAGAUCUAAAGCUGGAGCUGGAAAAAAGAGGCCUCGAUCAUAAAGGUGUCAAAGCAGUUCUCCUCGAAAGAUUGCAGAAGGCUCUGAUCGAGAAUGGAGAGGAUCCCAACGAAAUAGUCAUUGAAACCUCAGUCACCCCAAAGGCUGCUGCUGCCAAGAAACCUCCAACAAGAAAGAGAGCAUCAAAAGGAAAGUCGGGGGAAGAUGAAGGAGAGUCUGAUGACGAGGUUGAGGAGGGCAUGGAAGGCCUGGGAGGAGAUGGAAUGGUGGUGGAUGAAGUGACCGAGGAAAUGGAGACUAGCCAGGAAGGAGAGACCAGUAAAGCUGAAGAUAUUGACUUGGACAUCAUCCUAGGAGGUCACGAGGAUGACGACGACGACGUCUUGAAUAUCAGCCUAGAGGAAGACCAGCUCUUCACAGAAGAGGAAAAUGAUGGCUUUGCACUUGAAGGCGAAAAAGCAAGUAGCAAUCAGGAGGAUAAAAUGGAAGCCGAAGAUUCCUCAUCCCAAGAAGCAGAAGAUGCCAAGGAACAAGACAAGGAGGAUUCUUUCCCACUGGAUACAUCUUUAGAUACCAAGGGGGAGGGUAGCGAGUCCUUAGUAGUCCAUGUUGAUGAGCCUUUCAUGUCGGAGCUAGACGAAGAGCUGGCUGAAACUGCCAUGCCCAAGAAGUCAGAAGAUACCGAGGCCGCCGCCCACGCUGAUGACAAUAAGUUGGCAGAAGCCAAGGGGGAGGGGCAGAAGGAGAAGGGGGAGUCUGAGCCACCGGAAAAGACCGAUAAAAGCCCGGCGGGCGACGCCAAAAAAGAUGAGAAGGGUGAGGAGAAGGUCACCCCUUCUAAGGCUGCCGCUGCAGGCAAGGAAUCAGGUGCGGACAAGAGAGCCCCCACCUCAGCUGGAGCUGCAAACUCACGCAGCAAAAGCUCCAGUUCUUCUGGGCGAUCCCCAUCUUCCAAAGAUGAAAAAGAUCGGCGUGGCUCAGGGUCAUCUCGGCCAGGCUCCGGCGGCUCAGGAACCACCUCCGGCCGUAAUCUGUGGGUGAGCAACCUGUCCAGGAACACACGUGCGGCUGACCUGAAGGCCUCCUUCAGCAAGUAUGGGAAGGUUGUCGGUGCCAAAGUAGUGACCAACGCUAGGGGACCCAGGGCCUUCUGUUACGGUUUUGUGUCCAUGUCAUCGAGUUCAGAGGCAGCAAAGGCCAUCAACCAUCUUCACCGCACUGAGCUCCACGGACGCACCAUCCAUGUUGAAAGAGCACGUUCCAACAUGAUUCCAGUUGCGUCAACGUCAGGGGCGUCGGGCCGUAAGAAGGAACCGUCCCCAGAGGACAAGGAUAAGAAGCUGGCCGAGAAGGUGGAUACUGCAGAGGCCAAGCGCAGUGGAGAGGCAGCCAAGAAAGACGAGAAGGCACUUGCUACAGCAGCUGCUGCUGCCCCGGACAGCAAGGAGGAGAAAGCCCUGACACCUGCUGCCAAGAAAGACGGGGAGCCUGUGAAGGAGGAUGCCAAUAAGGAUGAAGGCAUGGAUAAGGAGGCAGCAGCGGAUGAAUCAGAGGAGACAGCUGAUGAUAAACCAGCCAGUGGCUCACAACCUGAAGGCAAGACCGAAGCCACGGAUAAGAAAGAUGGCGAUAACGACGAAGGACGCCCCCACAGUUCCCGAUCCAGCACCGCUGAUGGAGACAAGCAAGACUCCAAGGACCGCAAAGACAUCCUGUCCCUCGACAAGAUCAAGGAGCAGCGCAUGCGCGAGAGACAGCGCAAGCGGGAGCGAGACCAGCGUGAGAUGGAGCGACGCAGGGAGAGGGAGAGGCAGGACUCCCUUCGGCGAGAGAGGGAGAUGAUCCGCCGACAGCAGCGGCAGCAGGAAGAGCAGCUGCGCCGGCAGCGGGAGCAGCUGCGCCUGGCACAGCAGCAAGAGCGGCUUGAGCGCCAGAGCAUCGAGUGGGAGCGGAUGAAGUUGCAGCAGGAGAGGGAGAACCUGCAGCGAGAGCUGGAGCAGCACCGGCAGAUGGAGAUGCAGCUGCGGCUGGCUGCUGAGCGUCAGGCAACCUUGAAGAGGUCCCUCGACACCAGAAAUAUGGCACCGCGUGAAGUGGAUCCCUACCUUGGAGAUCAGAAGCGAAGGGCCCCAGGUGGACCACAAGGUCGAGGGGAAUUCAACAACAAUGGUCCCAACAGAGGUGGCAUGGCCAUAACCACGCAUGUGGUCAACCAAGAGAGGGCACCAGAUAGGUUCAAUCGUCGAGACACCAGGCAGAUGGAUUCGGGGCAGCGGCGUGAUGAUGCUCCUCCUCCGAACAAGUUCACAGGGCCAUCGCCUAGGCGUAACGACCAAGGAAGAAGAGAUGAUCCUCGACGUGAAGAUGUCCGCCAGCGACCCCAAAACAGGAAUGAGCCAAUGAGACGAGAUGACCAGCCUCGUCGCGGUGGUCCACCCCAGCGUCGUGAUGAACCCCCUCCCUCUCAGCAUCAACGGCGGGAUGAAGGCCCCAAGCGGGGAUCUGGCAACUUCCGACGAGAAGAAGGGGUGAAACAUCGUGAUCAGCCCGAUCGGAGAAUGGACACAUCUCAGAGACAAGCCCCCAGAGGUGAGCCCAGAAGAGAUUCACGAGGGGAUGGCAACAUGAGAGAGGACCGCCGAGGACCGCCUCAAAACCAAGGCAACCGCUACCAAGGGGGGCAGGGGCAGUCCAGGGGUGGGAAUGCACCCUCCUAUGGGGGCAGAGAUAGUGGCCACCCCAGCAGUGCCCGUGAUGGUCACAGGGAUCGAGACAGGGAUGCAGACAGAGGGGACAGGUCUCGCGACUCCUCUCAUCAGGGCCCGUCAAGAAUGGGAGGAUCUCACGGAGGGGAUUCCCGCGAUAACUGGAAGGGAGGUCGUGAUUCUAGCAUGUCGGGCCCGGGCAGCCGGUCGUCAGAUUGGAAGUCCAACCAGCGUGGUGGUGGGGAUCGCUCCUAUGACCGUGAUGGCCGCUCACAAAAUUAUGAGCGUGGUCAAGGCAGUGGUAGUUGGGGUGGUGAUGGUCGUUCGGGGGGCCGCGAUGAUCAUCCUCAGCGCGGCAGUCUGUUAGGCUCGCCCCCCAUCCAAGAUGCCAACUGGGCUGGCGGCAACAUGGAUGCCCCCAUGAAUCGGGGCUCUGGCUCUCUGGUAAUGCAGGGCUCCUCUCAUAUCUCCUCCCUGAUGAACCAGAGCCAGCCAAUCAGUUCGCUGCUCAACACCCCAUCCAUGUCGGGUCCGUUCAUCAGCGGUGGGAGCGUCAGUGGUGGUCUCGGGGGUGGUGUUGGCAUGAUGCAACAGGUGCCACUUGGGGGUGGAGGCGGGAGCUCUUACAUGGGAAGUCAAAUGAGUGUGGGAGGCUCUAGUGGUGGUGGGUCUAUGGAUCGUCAUCGGUCCUCGCAGAGUGAUGGCCGGUUCGGUGUGCGUCGCUACUAAAAAAAAUUUCCAAAACAAGCGACAAGGCUGUUUUACGUGUUUUAAAUAACCAGUCUUAGUAUGUUUUUAUAUAAGUUUUGUUGCUAGAAUUCUCUGCAGAUUGCGUGGUUGUACAUGUAACUCUCACAUUAUUAAAUCACCACUGAAUCAUAGAUGCGUCCAUGAACCUAGUCUUAUGAUUUCUCAGGAUGGAAACAUUCCUGUGGUGGUAGAAAUAUCUUUGACACUUUUUAUUGUUCGAGACGAAGCACAAUGGACCACCUGUUUACAUUUUUUUUUUAGUGUGAAAUCAGUGUACAGUGUUGUAGGGUAGUGUUGCUUGUCAACUAUAAAACAGAAGUUCAGAUUUUUGGACUUGUUGCCCAGGUUUAAGCAUGUUUAUUCAUUUGUAGGUUAAGAGAAAAAGAAUUUUUUAACCAUUAAUCAAGUGAUGAAGUUGUAUUAAUGAGAAGAUUUGAUGUUUAAGCUAUUGGAAAACAAUGUAACAGAAAAUGUUGUUGCUGUUAUAUCUCAGAAGAUAAACGGAUUCUUAUGAAUUACUUGCUAACAUGUAGGGCAAGGGGGGUUAACAGAUUUUUGAUGUUAAUAUUUUACUGCUCCAAAACAGAAUUUAACUUGUUCUCUCUCUUUUUUUUUAAUCCCCAACAUUUUAGUCUUUUUUGUCUUUUCUCCAACUUGUAGAAGCCAUUGGGUGAAAUCAUGAAAGAGUUAGCAGCCAUUAUAAGAAGGUGGCCGAAGUAUGUGUAUUGCUCAAAGGGGGAGCAUAACUGUCAUUAAGGGAGUUGAAAAGGGUUACUGUUAAUGUUUUUGUCGGCAAGAAGUGUGACUUGAAACCCUGUGGAUUCACCAGUGAUAAUCUUGAUAUAAAUGAAGUGCACAUGUAUUCCGUGAAGCUUCAGAUACAAAUGCAUUUUAAGUUGAAUUUUCCUUUUCUGGUGUGAUAAAAGCACUCGUCUUAAAAAAUACUUGUGAAGUGCUGAAGAAGUGUUGUGUCGCACAUGUACUGCAGAUUUUUGAACACGUUUGAACGAGACAUUUUUGUAUUGAGUUGGGCGGGCUGUGAUGGACUAUCCUGAAAAUCCUGUGGUGCACUUGACAUUUUCUAAAGUGUAAAACAUUUUGUAUGCGUAACUAAUCAUUGUAUUGGCCUUUCCAUUUCUCUUGUGGAAAACGAGACGUUAUUUUACAAUAUGCAGAAUGCAUUCAUUUUAAUUGAGCAGUUACAUUUCUUUGGUGGUUCGUGAUUUGUGAAAACAGUUAAUCAUACUUAAUUCAAACACACUUCAACUUCGUUGUUGCCCGGGAAAGUUGUAUGAAAUAAAGAACUCUUAACAGAACUUUAAAAAA